AUGGGAAGACCCAGAGUGUAUGCAAACGUUGCUGUGCUGCUAUUGAAAUGGACUGAUGAAUUGGAUGAAUUCAAAACCGGUGAGGAAGUGAAGGAGCUCGCACAUGUCUUCCGGGAGCGUUUCCAUUUCGAGACCGACGUUGUAGAACUCAACUACCAAAGCAAACCACAACGUCAGAUGGAUCGGAUUGUGACCACAUUCGUUGAGACUCACGACCAGCCUCAUAACCUGUUGAUCGUAUACUAUACAGGCCAUGCUACCCACUACAAGAAUGCCGGUCGACUCGAACUGUUACCGUCCGCGGAACCAUCAGCAGCUGGUGGCAGUCCUACCAGUGGUCAGAUAAACUGGUACAAGACAGAAGACUUUCUUUGUUCGGACGAGGUCGAUGGAGACGUUCUUGCAAUACUGGACACAGAGUAUGCGAGUAAUGGCGAUGGCAACCAGAACAUGAUGCGAGCGAAUUUCAGCAGCAUCGUAGGCGCCCUGGACGAGGUUACUUGA